AUGGUGGUUUUAGGUUAUGAUUUGAAAGUAUAUAAUGGUACUCAUGAAACUAUAGUGACUAGGAUAGGAUGUCCACAAGUUCCCUUUCGAGUGCAACAGCGUGAAUUUGUACAUGAUUUGAUUUGUUUGCCUAUGACUGGUCUUGAUCUCAUCUUGGGAUUGGAUUGGCUAUCCAAGUAUCAUGUUUUGCUUGAUUGUUCUGAGAAGUCAGUACAGUUUAUGCCGGAAGGGUCAAAAGCACCGGUUGUGGUGAAUAGUUACUAUUUGAAUUCUAUGAUAGUAAACUGCUUUGGAAUUGAAUGUCAGGAUAUUAUGUUAUUAACUGCGGGAGUAUCAGGUGAUGAUCAGAGUUUAGAGCAGAUUCCGGUUAUUGACCUGCGAUCCGGGUAUCAUCAGAUAAGGGUUAGAGACGAGGAUAUACCGAAAACUACUUUCAGAACCCGUUAUGGUCAUUAUGAGUAUACAAUGAUGUCUUUUGGGUUAACUAAUGCCCCGGUCGUAUUUAUGGAUUAUAUGAACAGGAUUUUUCGACCAUAUCUGGACAAGUUUAUUAUUGUCUUUAUUGAUGACAUUCUUGUUUAUUCUAAGUCUGAAGAGGAACAUGCUGAUCACUUGCGAACUGUGCUACAAAUUCUGAGAGACAGGAAGUUGUACGCUAAGUUAUCUAAAUGCGAGUUCUAG